GCACCAGAGGCUGGAAGGUCUCAACAUAAAAAAACAACUCCAUUUCCAGACAAACAUGCUUUCCAAUUAAAAGUGGUUUUGUGUGGACGUUUCAUUUUUCAUUUUUACUUGACCAACACUGAUAAUUUCCUUUUUGACAAAUCAUCGCUGCCACCGCUGUGGAUCACUGAGGGAAGUCUCGUUUAUUUGCGCAACAGGUUCUGUCUCACACAGAUCUUAUUCCGAUCCAUGUAGGAGGAAGAAGCAUGUUGUCAAGGUUUCGGUCCUUUGGGGUCCAGCAGGAGAUCAACUCAUGGGAUGUGGCGGCAACAGAGUCAGGUUUAACUUUGGAAAGGUGCUCUCCAAAGUCUCCGUGUUCUUCACCAUGGUCCUGAUAUUCACCUAUUUCUUCUACUGUCUCACCGGAUUUUGCGAUUCGGCUCCGAGGACUUUAUAUAGCCAAGCUGCUGCAGAUGGGGACUAUGACAACCAGGUGCAGUUGGACCUGCGGCCGCCUCCUCCUCUCCGAUCCGGCGCGCAGCUCCAGAACCGUACAGCCUCUCCGGACGUGCCGCAGGUGGUGGACGCGGUGGAGGAGCUGCAGCAGUACGAGCAGGGAAGCGAGAAGGAGACAAACAGCAUACCCGUUUCCAACACCUACGGGACUAAAAGGCUUCCAAAUGCGAUUAUAAUCGGCGUGAAGAAAGGAGGAACCCGCGCCCUGCUGGAGUUUCUGCGCAUCCAUCCGGACGUCAGGGCGUUUGGCGCAGAGCCUCAUUUCUUCGACAGGUUUUAUGACAGAGGGCUGGAGUGGUACAGGAACCUGAUGCCCCGCACUCUGGACGGACAGAUCACUAUGGAGAAGACACCAAGCUACUUUGUAACCAAGGAGGCUCCCAGCCGUGUCUGCACCAUGAACUGCCAAACCAAGCUGAUCGUUGUGGUGAGGGACCCCGUGACGCGGGUUGUGUCUGACUACACCCAGACCCUCACCAAGAACCCGGGACUCCCGUCCUUCCAGAGCCUUGCCUUGAGGAACUCCUCCGCGGGACCGAUCGACACCACUUGGAGCGCCGUGCGCAUCGGCCUCUACGCCAAGCAUCUGGAGAACUGGCUCCGGUAUUUCCCGCUGUCUCACUUUCUGUUUGUCAGCGGCGAGCGGCUCGUGUCCGACCCCGCGGGGGAGAUGGGAAGGGUUCAGGACUUCCUGGGUCUGAAAAGGGUCAUUUCGGACAAACACUUCUACUUCAACCAGACUAAAGGUUUUCCCUGCUUGAAGAAGCCGGAGGGGAGCAGCAGACCUCGCUGCCUUGGGAAGUCCAAAGGUAGACCUCAUCCCCAGAUCCCAGCCGAGGUUCUGCAGAGACUCAGGGACUUCUACAGACCUUUUAACCAACGGUUCUACCAGAUGUGUGGACAAAACUUUGGCUGGGACUGAUCAACAAGGUUCUGCCUUAAGAAAAAGCCUCUUAAUGUUUCUUUUACAGUUUUCACAGAUCAAAGAUUCUCAGGGAGGGCUGAAGGCAAAGAUCGUUUUGCCUGUGGAUGCAACAUGACAUGCAGCACUCAUAAACUGCAACAUUUUAGCUGUAGAGGUGGAGCUCAGAAUGACCAAGUGCUGCUAAUGUGCUAAGAUACACCCAUGAGGACGUUAAACUGCUCUCUUAUGUUUCAUUUUGGUUUGAAGGUUUCACUUUCAUGUCUUUUAUCCAGAUUUGUGUUUAUAAAAUGAGGUCAUAUUUAUAGUUUAUGUUGAUAUGAAUAGUACAUUUUUAUACAAAGACUUUUUAUUUAUUACCAUGAACUGUUCAUUACGUGGCAAAGAGCGAGACGAAAAUGGUAUAAUAACCGACAGGGCAUUGGGGACAAUGUCAUACUUUGACACUUUCAUAUUUUUGUUGCAUUUUUGUUUUGUUUCACACAAAACAGACAAUCAGAUCAUUAGUUUGAUGUUGUAAAACAUUGUAUUGAUGGCAAUUUAUACCUCAAAUGUAAAUAUCUAAUUAAAAGCACACAUACCAAUACUGUA